ACGGGAGCCCACCACCCCGCACCGCGCUGUCCAACGCUUCUUCCUUCGCGCUACUACUCCUGCUGCUAGUAAAAAAAACCCACGCCUCGGCUCCAAGCCGGCCAGCCAACCAACCGCCCCGGGCAGCAAAGCACAGGCGCACGAGCUCCCACAGCUCCCCAGCUCCACGCCUCCUCCCUCCCGCUCCCGCCAUCCUCUCCUCCGCCGCGCGCCUUCCCGCCCGCCGAGCCUUUGGGGUGGUUCCGGAGUCGCGGCCGCGCGCGCGAGAGCGAGACCCUCCCCUGCUGCCGAGCAUCUGCCGAGCUCGGCAUGGGGUGACCAGAUCGGGGCGCGGCUCGGUGCUCUACGGCUGAAUUCCGCUCGAGGAGGGGGGUUUGCCUUGCCUAGAAGAGGCCGCGGGGAUGGCGAACGCCGGCGUGGCCGUCGGCUCAGGGGGUAUUAGCCAUGCUUUGUUCAGGGAACUCUGGCAUGCUUGUGCUGGGCCGUUGGUCACAGUGCCUCGCCAAGGCGAGCUGGUUUACUACUUCCCGCAAGGUCAUAUGGAACAGCUUGAAGCAUCUACAGAUCAGCAACUUGACCAGCACUUACCUUUGUUUAAUCUACCAUCCAAGAUCCUGUGCAAGGUGGUAAAUGUAGAACUCAGAGCUGAAACUGAUUCCGAUGAAGUUUAUGCUCAAAUUAUGCUGCAACCAGAAGCAGAUCAAAGUGAGUCCACCAGCCCAGCUCCUGAGCUACCAGAGCCAGAAAGGUGCAAUGUCCAUUCCUUCUGCAAGACUUUGACUGCUUCAGACACGAGCACCCAUGGUGGUUUCUCUGUCCUCAGGAGACAUGCUGAAGAAUGUUUGCCCCAAUUGGAUAUGACUCAGAACCCACCGUGGCAAGAACUGGUGGCUAAAGAUCUCCAUGGAAAUGAAUGGCAUUUCCGUCACAUCUUUCGAGGUCAACCAAGGAGGCAUCUACUUACAACAGGUUGGAGUGUUUUUGUUAGCUCAAAAAGAUUGGUUGCCGGUGAUGCAUUUAUCUUUUUGAGAGGUGAGAAUGGAGAGCUACGAGUCGGGGUAAGAAGGCUCAUGAGGCAAGUAAAUAACAUGCCAUCAUCAGUUAUCUCAAGCCACAGCAUGCAUCUUGGAGUCCUCGCAACUGCAUCUCAUGCCAUCUCCACUGGAACUCUCUUUUCUGUUUUCUACAAACCCAGAACAAGUCGAUCGGAGUUUGUUGUGAGCGUAAACAAGUACCUUGAAGCUAAGAAUCACAAGAUGUCUGUCGGUAUGAGGUUUAAAAUGAGAUUUGAGGGUGAUGAAUCUCCUGAAAGAAGAUUUAGUGGAACAAUUAUUGGUCUGGGAAGCAUGCCAGCUAACUCAACAUCUCCGUGGGCUGACUCUGAUUGGAGAUCUUUGAAGGUCCAAUGGGAUGAGCCUUCUGCUGUUGUCCGUCCAGAUAGAGUUUCACCAUGGGAACUAGAACCCCUUGAUGCAACUAACACACAACCGCCUCAGCCUCCUUUACGGAGUAAGCGUGCACGGCCUCCUGCUUCACCUUCUAUUGCUCCAGAACUUCCUCCAGCUUUUGGUUUUUGGAAAUCCCCACCUGAGCCUACCCAUGCUUUCUCAUUUUCGGGACUGCAGCGAACCCAGGAACUAUACCAUUCAAAUCCCAAUUCGAUCUUUUCAUCAUCGUUGAAUGUGGGAUUUAAUUCAAAGAACGAGCAUUCUACUCCAACCAACAAUCAUUUGUAUUGGCCAAUUCGAGACACUAGAACGGAAUCCUACUCUGCUAGCAUUAACAAACUUCCACCUGAAAGGAAGCAAGAAUCCGCUAUUGCUGGCUGCAGAUUGUUUGGUAUUGAGUUAAUUAAGGCAGUAUCACCAGUGGUUGCUGUUGCUAGUGCUGGUCAAGACCAACCACCUGUUGUGUCAGUAGAUGUUGAGCCUGAUCAGCUGUCACAGCCAUCCCAAGCCAACAAAACAGAUGCCCCAGCAGCAAGCAGUGAGCGCUCUCCUCAUGAGACUGAGAGCCGGCAAGUCAGGAGCUGCACCAAGGUAAUCAUGCAAGGAAUGGCGGUUGGCAGGGCAGUGGACUUGACGAGGCUAGAAGGGUAUGAUGAUCUUCUCCACAAGUUGGAGGAGAUGUUUGAUAUCCAGGGGGAGCUUUCUGCUAGCCUCAAGAAAUGGAAGGUUAUUUACACGGAUGAUGAGGAUGAUAUGAUGCUGGUUGGGGAUGAUCCGUGGCCUGAAUUUUGCGGCAUGGUGAAAAGGAUAUACAUUUACUCCUAUGAGGAGGCCAAGUCUUUGACUCCCAAGGUGAAGCUGCUGGUCAUUGGUGACACCACUAAACCGAACCUAGACAAAUUGUCACCAGAAUCUGACAUGCCGCAGAGUGACUCAAACAACAGCGCUCUGGUUGCCGCCGAUAAGGACUGAUGGAUGCUAACUUGGCGCUUUACCUUUUCUUCCCUUUUUGGAUGUUUGGGAGGCAAUGCCCAUGCUCCUUGAGACUGCUAAGAGUUAUCUGUUUGUUGCGCUGUGGGCCUCAAGGACGUUGCCCCACAAUCUGCCUGACUGCCUUGGUUUGCAAUGGCUGAUGUAGGACCAGUGGUGGUCCUCUGCCAGCAAGGACGACUGGAACGUAAUGGCAAGCAGGCUGCGUGCGCGCCGUUCCCUGUGGCACCAACCUGUGUUUUGUUUGCCGUGUUUGGUAGGAGGCAUGGCGAAUUGCCGGCUGCUUGGUUUUGGAGACUGCCACUGACUGCUGCCGUCUCGUUGGUCGACGUCGGCCGGCGGGCCGCGCCCCUCACCUCCAGUAAAUAGGACUUCAUGUACAACUAGUUUGGUAGUAGCAGUAGUGGUUUAUGUAUAUCAGCGUCAUGUUCCUUGCUACCUAUAUAAGCAUCAUCAUCUGUAGCUGCUGCUCCCACCUUGCAUUGUAUUCUACCCCCGGCUUGGUACCGAAUGAUCUGGUGCAAAAAAGUCUCAGCUUGCUGUUCCAGCGGCAUGCUCU